GCGAUCAGUUCGCGAUUGAAUACUUUUAGUGCUCUAAAUCUGAUAUGAAACCAGGCUAAUUUAACUAGUAGGAUAAGAUAUCCGAAUGAAAUUCAAGAUGACAUUCUUAAAACUAAUAUUAAGUAAUAAUAUAAUAUACCUUGCCAUAGUGGCAAUAGCGAGUCCUAUAAAUGGCGAAGAAUCAAAAAUCAAAGGAAUCGAUGAACAAACGAAAAUCAUGCGCAGUAGUGUAUUAAACAUCAAAUCAAGAAGUACAUCAGAUUAUAUAAUUCCAAUACAUUAUAACAUAGAGUUAAUGUUACUCGAUAAUUAUCUCCGUAGCAAAUGCAUAAUCACUUUAGAUAUUUCUUAUGCAAAACAAAACAUAACUUUUUAUACACCGGAUUCAGCGAGUUUAAUAGUGUCGACAUUAAAGAAGAAUAAUAAUAUGGUUUAUGAAACAAACUCAAUAAAUUUGCUUAAAAACAAUAUUGUCCUGCUCGAUUUCGGUGAUGUCUUGUUGCUUGGAAUGUAUGAUCUGUAUAUAGAGUAUGAAAUCUCAAUUAAUAUCGUAAGGGAAUCUUUCGGAAUUUCGUACAUAAACGAUAAUGAAGAUAUAGAGUGGUUAAUCGCAACAGGUAUCUCAGCGAAAAGACAAAUAUUUCCACAUUGGGACAAAAGGCAAAUAUUUCCACAUUGGGACAAGCCAGAAUUAAAAAUUACUUUUAAUAUUUCUAUAAUGCAUCAUCCAAGAUACAAAGCUUUGUCAAAUAUGCCGAUACAAGAUACUGAAUUGACGAACGAUAAAAUGAUAUGGACAUAUUUUAACGAGACUUCUUCGAUCUCCAUAGAUAGUGUAGCAUAUCUGGUUUCCAGUUUUCAUCAGAGCAUUCUCUUGAAAAAUGAAACAAUUCGUUUAUCGAUAUGGUUUAGACCACAAUCGGAACCGUAUUUAGAAUUUGCGAAAACUGUUAUUUCUUCCACCAAUGUAUACAUACAUAGAUGGAAUAUUUGGAGGAGACAACUUGCGGGGUUAACCUCUGUUUUAUUUGAGAGCAAAAUAUUGUAGAUCAUGUCGUAAUCCCGGAUUUACAAAAUGAAAUCGAACAGACUUUUGGUUUCAUUUUUUAUCGAGAAGCAGAUAUCACUUAUAAUGAAGAAUUAGAUUCUGUCGCAUACGAAACGAUAAUUAUGCGUUUAAUUGCACGUGGGAUAGUACAAAAAUAUAUUAAAAAUCUGUUCAGACCAACUUAUUUAUGGCCUCAUACAUGGUUAAACGAAGGAUUUAAUAUAUUUUAUCAAGCAUACAUUAUCGACAAGGCUCUGCCAAAUUCCCGGAUGAUGGAUCUGUUUGUAGUACAAGUUCAACAUGAAUUACUCUAUCUAAAUACUGAUGUUGUUAUAAAUUCUACUAUAAAAUAUUAUAGUUAUCAUGAAAAUUAUUUUCACUCUUCUAUUUCUCAUAUCAAAGGGCUGGGGAGGGGUGAAAGUAGGAGGAAGGAAAAUUUUUUCUCUCGCAUACGCGGAUGAUGUGGCAGUGGUAGCGGAAAGUGAGGGAGGGAUGAAGGGAAUGAUAAGGGUGCUAGAAAGCUAUGUGGAGAGGAAGGGAUUGGAGGUUAGGUUAGGUUAGGUUAGUUGGAGGUAAAUGUAGAAAAGAUGAAGGUGAUGAGAUGCAGGAGGGGCGGAGGGAGGUGGAAGAAAGUGGUUUGGAAGUGGAAGGGGAGGGAAGUAGAGAAGGUUAAGAAGUUUAGAUAUUUGGGGUACACGUUGACAGCAAAUGGGAGACAGGAAGAACAGAUAAAAGAGAGAGUGAGAAGAGGGGUGAUGGUGAUGAGAGAGGUAUGGGGGAUAGGAAAAAGGAGGUUUGGAAAGGAUUGGGCAAGAAGAAUGUGAUUGUUCGAUAAGUUAGUAUGGGCGGUUAUGGGAUAUGGGGUAGAGAUAUGGGGGUGGAAGGAAAGGGUAGAAAUAGAGAGGGUUCAGGACAGAUACAUGAAGUGGGUAGUUGGAGUGAGGAGGUAUACGCCGGGAUAUAUGGUAAGGGAAGAGUUGCAGAGGGAUAAGUUAAGAGGGACAGCAGAUUUGAGAGCGUGGGGAUAUGAAAGGAAAUUGGAGGAAGGAGGAGGGGGAGAAUUAGCCAGGUUAUGUUGGGGAGAAGUAAAGAAGAGAGCAAAGGAUGAGAAAGUGAUGGGAGAGUGGGAAGAGGAAAGGAGAGAAUUUUUUGCAGAAAAGGGAUGGAAGCUGAGGGAGGUGGAGAGUUUAAGGGAGAAAGGGGAGUUGAGAGGGGAGGAUUUGGUGGUGAGGGAGAUAAGGUGGCAGGAAGAGGAAAGAUGGGAAAAAAUAAGGAAAUCGGAAUUCAAUAAAUGGUAUGGUA